AUGACAGACGCACUAUCCACGAUUGAACUGGUCUUUUAUGCUGUCCUGUCGCUGCUCGUUCUUUACCUUGCUUAUCACCACUUCCGCGUUGGUCUGCUGGGCUGGCUACAUCUAUUUGCCUUUUGCACACUUCGCAUCGUUGAUACUGCCUUGUCCCUUUAUGCCACAUCGCACGCUGGAAACAGUGUUGCGAUUGUGGGCCUAGCACUCCUUCUCCUGGCCACCGCUGGGAUUCUCCACGAAGUUACUGGCUCUGGGUGGACGCGCAUUUGCUUCUUCCAUGUCCUCGUGGCCACUGGCGGGGCCUUGGCCGGUGUUGGGUCGUCGUCUCUGUCAGAAGACGAGCAGAGUUUGAGCGACCUGCAAUAUGCAUCUGCUGGCAGCGCUCUGCUUACCUUGUCUUGGGGUAUUCUGGCCAUCUGGGCCGUGUCCUCUGUUUUGAAGUGCCGACGAAGCAAGGCUACGAUAGCAUCUACCUUCGCCACUGGAACCGCUCUUCUCUACGCCGUCUGUAUAGCCCUCAUUUUCGUCGGGGUGCGUGUGCUUUAUGCCCUCGUUGGCCUAACCACCUGGGAGACAAGCCUAAAUCCAGUUACCGGUGCUCUUCCUAUUCGCGUCGUUCUAGAGUUCUCACCCGAGCUCAUUGUCGUUCUCCUAUAUAUUUUCGUUGGACUCAAGACCAGAUACAUCAUCAGGUACUAA